UGUUUAUAAAAAAAAGAUUUUAGUUUAAAUAAACAAUCGCGGAUGUACAUGUGAAGGGAACGAGGAGUUUAUUACUUAAAUAUAUGUAUCGUAAUUGAUAACUUCCAUUGAUGCAAAUACGGGGGGGGGGGAGAGUAAAUAUGUCAUCAUAAAAUUAUCCCUUUUGAAAGAUAUAAAUUCAAGAUCCGACUUGCCGAACUAACAGGGAAUGGGGAAUGUCGUUCAGCUGUUUAGUUGCCACGCCUAAACUUAACUCCGAUUCAUCGUAUUCUCUCCCCCCUCUCUGCCCCGCCAUUCCACCCCGAUCCUGUACAGUCUGUGCUCUGUGCCCUUUCGUCUUCGAGUUUCGUCGUGCCCGGCGGUGUGGUGCGACCUUGCAACGCUUUCGGCGGCCACCGCAGGCGUAAUCAGACUCCUAAGAAGAAGGCCUAGCGGACGAUUGUGCGAGCGAUGCAUGAUCGAAGUGAAAUACGUCCACGAACGGAAUAAUUUGUUCUGCCAUUCAUCGCGCGUCUGCUGUGACGCGGUUGCGGUACGAUCGUCGGUAUCCGGCGUCGGUCUUGAAGGGAAAACGAGAAAGAGAAUUCAGCCGAAUUAGCUGCGACCUUCGACAAGAAAAUACAGCGCGAGUGGAUCACACGGACGCACGCAUCCGACAUGUCGAGCGAAAGCGUGAAAACCUUCGCCAGUCUGGAAACACCUGGAUAUGUGGGAUUUGCAAAUUUGCCUAAUCAAGUACACAGGAAAUCUGUGAAAAAGGGUUUUGAAUUUACGCUUAUGGUUGUGGGAGAAUCUGGUCUUGGGAAAUCCACUUUGGUAAAUAGUCUCUUUCUCACGGAUCUCUAUCCCGAGCGGAUAAUUCCUGAUGCAAUUGAGAAAACCAAUCAAACCGUUAAAUUGGAUGCUUCCACGGUCGAAAUUGAAGAGAGAGGUGUAAAGCUUAGAUUAACAGUCGUUGAUACACCUGGUUAUGGAGAUGCAAUCGAUAACACGGACAGUUUCCGAGCUAUCAUUCAAUAUAUAGAUGAUCAAUUUGAAAGAUUUCUUCGUGACGAGAGCGGUUUAAACAGGAGGAACAUUGUGGAUAAUAGAAUACAUUGUUGUUUCUAUUUCAUCUCUCCAUUUGGCCAUGGAUUGAAGCCACUGGACAUCGAGUUUAUGAAGCAACUUCACAACAAAGUUAACAUAGUACCUGUAAUAGCAAAAGCCGAUGUACUCACCAAAAAAGAAGUUUUGCGCCUAAAGAAACGAGUUAUGGAGGAAAUUGAAGAUAGUGCAAUCAAAAUAUAUCCUUUACCAGACUGUGAUAGCGACGAGGACGAAGAUUACAAAGAGCAGGUACGUCAAUUGAAGGAGGCCGUCCCAUUCGCAGUAUGUGGUGCGAAUACUUUGCUCGAAGUCAAAGGAAAAAAAGUACGAGGUCGAUUGUAUCCGUGGGGCGUUGUUGAGGUAGAGAAUCCCGAUCACUGUGACUUUAUCAAGUUAAGGACCAUGCUGAUCACGCAUAUGCAAGACUUGCAGGAAGUAACGCAAGAGGUACAUUAUGAGAAUUACCGUAGCGAAAGAUUGGCAAAAGGAGCUCCGGUGCCACCCCGACGUCAGACUAUUGCGGAAACUGACAAGAACAGCACCGUGUCAGAGAAGGAUCGCAUUUUGCAAGAAAAGGAGGCAGAGAUACGACACAUGCAGGAAUUGUUGGCUGUGAUGCAGGCACAGAUGCAACAGCAGCAACCUUGAUCAGACAUACAUUUUUGUACCGAUGUGUGAAGCGAAGGAAAUGACUUCUCAUUGUUACCGAGUGCCAAAAAAGAUUUAUAAAACCUCUUCAGUAGUUCACACUAUCAAGGUUUUGAUUUCGGACACGAUAUUUUUCUAAGCUUGUCUUUUAUUAGGGCAAUGUCAUUUUGAUACAUACCACGCGUUUUAUAAACAUAUUUCGUAAGAAUAUGAACAUUCUAAUCGAUACAUCUUUUUGAUAAGUAUACAUUAUAUUCAAUAUAAGGACUUUUGUUAGCCUCGUUAGCAUCAAAUGCCUCGUUCGGAACAAACAGACCAAGAAAAUCAACUUGGAAUUGUAGCACAAUAUGAAACAAAUAUUUGCAUAUCCAAAGUUGGUAGGUAAGGCACUUAAAUAGCUUAUUUCUUUUAAUAAAAAUUACUCGGACGAGAA